CGCCUACAGAGAUUCGUUUACGCACUGACUCUGAGGCAGUGUGGAACUGAUCCCGUGACAAAUUUCUUGCCAACUUUAUCCCUGUUCAAGCAAAUUCCGCCUCGAUGGCUGACUCCAUACUUGAUUCGCCGCCUAGUGACGGGAUCUCAUCCCUGCGCUUCUCUCCCGUGACCUCUGACCACCUCUUAGUCUCUUCUUGGGAUAGUCUUGUGAGACUCUAUGAUGUGCCCAGAUCGGAGGUCAAAACGUCAUUCACGCACAGGGCUGCAGUGUUGAGUUGCGCUUUCGAUUCCACAGGACAAUUUGGGUUUAGUGGCGGCCUAGACACUUGGGUGAGAAAAUUGGACCUCAAUUCCGAAAAAAUACUGGUUCUUGGUGCCCACGAUAGCAGCGUCGCAUCCGUGGUACAUUCAAAAGACACGAAUUCGAUUUAUACCGGUUCAUGGGAUCAGACCGUUAGAGUAUGGGAUCCACGCAUGGGGAAUCCGAAAUCGCUCGUUAGCACCCACAAACAGCCGGAACGCGUGUAUGCGAUGGAUUUAAUGGGAAGCACACUUGUUGUGGCUACCGCAGGCAGAAGAAUACAAAUAUGGGAUAUUCGUGAUAUGUCGAAACCUCGGGAUGAACGGGAAAGCUCGCUCAAAUUCGGUACAUCGGCUAUUGCGUGCAUGACCGAUGGAACUGUUGAGGGUCGAGUCGCUGUUGAGUACUUUGAUAAUUCCUCUGAGGCUCAUUCGCGCAAAUAUGCGUUUAAAUGUCACCGACUUGCCCAUCCGGAAGGGGAGUUCGUUUACCCAGUGAAUGCGCUGGCUUUCCAUCCAACGUAUAAUACGUUCGCUACUGGAGGUUCGGAUGGCACAGUAUCAAUUUGGGAUCAUUCUGCCAAAAAGCGACUUCGGCAGUAUCCUUCGUUCGGAACUGGGAUCUCAUCUCUUGCAUUCAGUGGGGAUGGGAAGGCCAUGGCGAUAGGGGUUUCAUACAAUUGGGACUUAACCACUGAGCAACACAAGGAACAAAUCCGAGGGAAUAAAAUGGAUAGUAUCGAUAUCGUAAUUCGAACUGUUGGCGACGAAGUGCUCGUAAGUAUCCCUCCUGAAUAGUUCCCCAUCUUAAGCAUUAAUUUCGCCUACGUUUCAAUGACGCAUGCGUCCGCGUCGCUGCCGGCGUACUCCCAAUCCUGUAUUGCGAGGUGUUCAGCCCAAAGCCAA